UAUUGAACAGGUUGUUUCCAAUUUCAACCAACCGACAAAGUUAACAAAAAUGAUAAGAUAAAUACACAUCGCUUGAACCCUGUUAUACAGUACGAACCUAUACAGUUACGACUUGGGACCUAAGCAAUGAGGCAGAAUUAUCAAGUUUCCUACCAUUAAUUACGGUAAACCAAACCGAAUUCUAGUAACCAACUUAAACCGGAUCACAACAUUGCUAUUGUAUUUUCCUCCUCAUUUGCUUGAAAUUCGCGGGACGCGAACUUCGGUGUGAGCCACAAAAACAAAACCUUGCUGUCCAAGACAGAAACCGUGUUGUGUUAACUUGUUUGAUCCGUUUCAGUAUUUAUUUUUGGUUCAAAUGUUGAAAACCCAGUAAUUUCUACGUAAAAGUCAAACCAUAUCAAUAUUAAUUUCUAUUUAUAUAUGUAUCAACUCUAAGUGCAAGACAAAUCGUAGAUAAAAACAAAAAAAAAAAUCGUCGACCUUACAAGUUGACUUUUCUUUCCUUCUUUAGUUCAAAAGAGACAACAAAGUGGUGAUGAAGAAGCAAGUGAUCUUUGGAGUGAUCUUGCUUGCACUCUUUUUGAUUUUCAUGAACGCCAAACAAGUAGAACCCACAAGGCUGUUAGGAACCACCGUCGAUAGUGAGAUCCGGUCCGUGUUCCAGUCCGACUCUGAGGGUACGGUUCCUGAAUCCGGUAGGAACCGUUGCAGUCAUAUCCCCAAAGGCUCGGGAAAGUGCCACGGAUGA